UUCAAGAUCAAGCAACAGUGUAUCUUGUGGAAAUUAUUUACCUUUGUAACAUAGAUAUAAUGCCCCAGAUCAAGACACAUUUUAUCUCAAGUCUGAGGGAGAAGGGAGUGAAGGAAGAAGCUACCACGAGUUGGUGACAAGUAAAGAUGAUGGAUUCUGGGGUUCCUAUGUGCAACACUUGUGGUGAACAGGUGGGAUUAAGCUCUAACAGUGAAGUGUUUGUGGCGUGUCAGGAAUGCAAUUAUCCCAUCUGUCAGCAUUGUUUAGACUAUGAAAUCAAGGAAGGGCGCAAUGCCUGCAUUCGUUGCGGCACUCCGUAUAAUGAUGACAGAAAGAUGGUGGCUGAUGUUGGAGCAGAAGAAAUUGGAAAUCAUACACCAAUUGCAACACAUGCUCAGGAUAAGGGAAUUCAUGCUAGAAAUAUAAGUACUGUUUCUACAGUGGACAGUGAGUAUCUCGAUGACUCUGGAAAUCCCAUAUGGAAGAAUAGGGUGGAAAGUUGGAAAGACAAGAAAAACAAGAAAAAACGAGCUGCAACAAAGGAGAGAAAAGAAGCCCAAUCUGCUCAGGUUCCGCCUGAGCAGCAAGGGGAAUUAACACCAGAGUCAGAGGCUGCACAACCACUUUCACGAGUAGUUCCUCUACCCAAGUCCCAACUCACGCCCUACAGAAUUGUGAUCAUUAUGCGACUGAUUAUUCUGUGCCUUUUCUUCCAAUAUCGAGUAACACAUCCUGUUGAUAGUGCCUUUGGGCUGUGGCUCACUUCCGUCAUUUGUGAGAUCUGGUUUGCAUUUUCAUGGGUGUUGGAUCAGUUCCCCAAGUGGUCUCCUAUAAACAGGCAGACAUAUAUUGACAGGUUAUCUGCCAGGUAUGAGCGGGAGGGAGAACCCUCUCAGCUUGCUGCUGUAGAUUUUUUCGUCAGUACAGUCGAUCCGCUGAAAGAACCUCCUUUGAUAACAGCAAACACAGUUCUCUCUAUCCUUGCAGUGGAUUAUCCAGUGGAUAAAGUGUCUUGCUAUGUAUCUGAUGAUGGUGCUGCUAUGCUUACAUUUGAGUCUCUUGCUGAGACAGCCGAAUUUGCCAGGAAAUGGGUGCCUUUCUGCAAGAAGUUCUCCAUUGAACCACGCGCACCUGAGUUUUACUUCUCACAGAAAAUUGAUUACCUGAAGGAUAAAAUACAGCCUUCUUUUGUCAAGGAACGUAGAGCAAUGAAAAGGGAUUACGAAGAGUAUAAAGUGCGGAUAAAUGCUCUGGUAGCAAAGGCGCAGAAAACACCAGAUGAAGGCUGGACUAUGGCCGAUGGAACACCUUGGCCCGGGAACAACACACGCGACCAUCCUGGCAUGAUUCAGGUGUUCUUAGGCAAUACUGGUGCACAUGAUAUAGAGGGUAAUGAGCUUCCUAGACUGGUUUACGUCUCAAGAGAGAAGAGACCUGGCUAUCAACAUCAUAAAAAGGCUGGUGCUGAAAAUGCUCUGGUGAGAGUAUCUGCAGUUCUUACAAAUGCACCCUAUAUCCUCAACCUCGACUGUGAUCACUAUGUUAACAAUAGCAAGGCAAUCCGCGAGGCAAUGUGUUUCUUGAUGGAUCCUGAAGUAGGUCGAGAUGUAUGUUAUGUGCAGUUUCCCCAGAGGUUUGAUGGCAUUGAUAAGAGCGAUCGAUAUGCCAAUCGCAACACUGUUUUCUUUGAUGUUAACAUGAAAGGGUUGGAUGGCAUUCAAGGACCUGUUUAUGUGGGAACAGGCUGCGUUUUCAACAGACAAGCCCUUUACGGCUAUGGACCUUCAUCUCUUCCCACUUUAACCAAGAAAUCUUCAUCUUGCUCAUGGCUUGGCAGCUGCUGCUGCUGUCGCGGCAAGAAGCCCACAAAAGAAAAAGAUCUGUCAGAGGUUUACCGUGAUGCAAAAAGGGAAGAUCUUAAUGCAGCCAUCUUUAAUCUUAGGGAGAUUGAGAGUUAUGAUGAGCAUGAAAGAUCAUUACUCAUCUCCCAAAUGAGCUUUGAGAAAACUUUUGGCUUGUCUUCUGUAUUCAUUGAGUCCACGCUGAUGGAAAACGGAGGGGUGGCCGAGUCAGCCAAUCCAUCAACACUGAUCAAAGAAGCAAUCCAUGUAAUCAGCUGUGGGUAUGAAGAGAAGACUGCAUGGGGCAAAGAGAUUGGUUGGAUAUAUGGGUCAGUUACUGAGGAUAUUUUGACGGGUUUCAAGAUGCACUGCCGUGGGUGGAGAUCAAUCUACUGCAUGCCCUUGAGGCCUGCGUUCAAGGGAUCAGCACCAAUUAACUUGUCUGACAGACUUCACCAGGUACUGAGAUGGGCACUGGGAUCUGUUGAAAUCUUCUUGAGUAGACACUGUCCUCUUUGGUAUGGAUUUGGAGGUGGCCGCCUCAAAUGGCUCCAAAGACUCGCAUACAUCAAUACCAUCGUCUAUCCUUUUACAUCUCUUCCGCUGGUUGCCUAUUGCUCCCUUCCUGCUAUAUGUCUACUGACUGGGAAAUUCAUCAUACCAACGCUGUCAAAUCUUGCAAGUAUUCUGUUCCUUGGGCUCUUUCUCUCGAUCAUCCUGACCAGCGUGCUUGAGCUUAGGUGGAGUGGAGUAAGCAUCGAGGCCUUGUGGCGUAAUGAGCAGUUUUGGGUUAUUGGAGGUGUCUCAGCCCAUCUCUUUGCAGUUUUCCAAGGAUUCCUGAAAAUGCUUGCAGGACUCGACACCAACUUCACUGUAACUGCCAAAGCAGCAGAUGACACAGAAUUCGGGGAGCUUUACAUUAUCAAAUGGACAACAGUGUUGAUACCUCCAACGACUAUUCUCAUCGUGAACUUGGUUGGCGUCGUUGCUGGAUUUUCUGAUGCUCUCAACAGCGGAUAUGAAGCUUGGGGACCUUUGUUUGGCAAGGUUUUCUUUGCGUUUUGGGUGAUUCUGCAUCUCUACCCAUUCCUCAAGGGUCUUAUGGGCCGACAGAAUCGGACUCCAACAAUUGUGGUUUUGUGGUCUGUUCUUUUGGCUUCUGUUUUCUCUCUUGUUUGGGUGAAGAUCAAUCCGUUUGUCAGCACAGACGAUGCUUCAGUUGUUGCCCAAAGCUGCAUUGCCAUUGAUUGUUGAGCUUCGAACGAUAAAAGGGAGGUUCGUAACAAUCAAGCCAUGCUUCUUGAGGUUGGAAAUCCUCAACCAUUUUGCAGUUGUUGGCAGCCCCUAUCAAUUCUACUGUCGAUAUUUGAAAAUGUAUAACAUCCGCCUUCUUUCUUGGUGAGACAACUAUAUAGCACAUUUUGAAUUUGUUGAUUAUAGAAGAACAUAGAACAUUGAAUAUUUGGAUCUUGAUUUAUAACUCCAAACAAGGUGUGAAGCUCACAUCAUUAAAUAAACACAAGCGUACCCUUGACCAUUA